UAGAUUCUAAAGAUGAGAAGCUAAGAAAACUACAAGCCCAUACUCAAAUGGUCCGCAUGCUGAUAGACGAUAGCGAAAAUCUUUUCAUCUUGAAGGGCAAACAUGCUCAGCUCCAACACGAUAAAGCUGCUUUAGAAAAGAAAAACGAAGAGCUGUGGAGAAAUAACGAAUCCCUACAGAGAGAGGUCGAGGGUUUCGUAAAGAUGAGAGAGGAAGUCCUACCUUUAGUUAACGCCAUGGGUAUCAUGAAACCUGUUGGAACAGGCGCCCCUAGAGGUCCGGGCCCACAACAAAUGCAGCCUGGGCCACCGCCAAUGCAAGCUGGACCGCCCCAGCAAAUGAUGGCUAGACCACCACCUCCACAGGGUGCCCCUACUCAACGAAGACCAUCACAGCCUGGCCCCCCUGGCCCCCCAAGGAGAUAAUCCUUACAUAACAUACUACCCAACGUUUUAACAUACAACACACAAUGAUUAAUGGGUGUCGAAUUUUAUAUUGACACCAAACAUACGGUAAUAGACGGCAUAGUUUAAUUUUAACCAAUCAAAAUGACGAAGACACUGCAUUUAUGACUUUUAC